AGAUGGAUGACCUAGCCCUGAACCUCGGGACCUGGACCUCACCUCCGAUGACAUUACUUUGGACACAGUCAGCAUUCACAUUCAGGAGAAUCUGGAAGAUGCUCUUGUCCAGGAAGCUUUGAAGACGGGUGUUGAUCUCAGACAAUACUCCAAACAAGUUGAGAUGGAGCUGCAGCAGAUUGAGCAUGUGUCAAUAAAAGACUAUAUAGAACAGAGUCAGAACAUCGCUUCUCUCCAUAAUCAAAUUAUCGCCUGUGACGCCAUCCUAGAGAGAAUGGGCCAGAUGCUGGGUGGAUUCCAGUCGGACCUGAGUUCUAUUAGCUCAGAGAUCCAUUCGUUGCAGGAGUUGUCACUGGCCAUGAACAUCAAAUUGAAAAACCGUCAGACUGUCAGGAGCGAGCUGAGCGAACUGGUGGAUGAACUCAUCAUUCCCAACAACAUGAUAAAUGUCAUCCUAGAGAUUCCUGUCACCGAUCAGCAGUUUGUGGAGCAAUUACAAGAACUCAACAAUAAGAUCAAUUAUGUGAAGGAGCAAGCGUUCAGAGACACGCAGGCCUGUGCUGAUGUCCAGGAUACUCUGCAUAAACUGAAGAUUAAGGCUGUGGCUAAAGUUCGUGAGUUCAUUCUACAGAAGAUCUACUCUUUCCGCAAACCAAUGACUAAUUAUCAGAUUCCCCAGAAUGCACUGCUCAAAUAUAGGUUCUUCUACCAGUUUCUGCUGGGUAAUGAGAGGUCAGUGGCUCAGGAAAUUCAGGACGAAUAUGUGGAGACCAUGAGUAAAGUCUACCUGUCUUACUUCAAGUCCUACACUAGCCGGCUGAUGAAAGUGCAGUACGAGGAAGUUGCAGAGAAGGAUGACCUAAUGGGGAUUGAAGACACGGCUAAGAAAGGCUUCUUCUCCAAGCCAACACUGCGCAGCAAGAAUACGGUGUUUACCGUCGGAAAUCGGGCCGCCAUCAUCAGUCCUACGGAGCUGGAGGGUCCAAUCAUAGUGCCGCACACAGCACAGAAGAGUGAUGUCAGGUACCCGUUUGAGUCUCUGUUCCGCAGUCAGCACUACGCCCUCCUUGAUAACAGCUGCCGGGAAUACCUCUUCUUAUCGGACUUCUUCCUGGCGAGCGGCUUGGCGGCUCAGGAACUCUUCAACACGGUGAUGGGCAAAACCUUAUCCAUGUUCCUGAAGCACAUUGACUCCUAUGUAUCCGACUGCUUCGACAGCAUCGCCAUUUUCCUUUCUAUACACAUUGUGCUACGGUUUAAAGGCAUCGCUCAAAGGAGAGACAUCCCUGCUAUAGACAAGUACUGGGACGCCCUGUUGGACAUGCUGUGGCCCCGCUUCCAAUAUAUCCUGGAGUUAAACAUUCAGAGUAUCCGGAACACCGAUCCACAGAGGCUGGGCAAUCUGGACACGAGACCGCACUAUAUAACUCGCCGUUAUGCUGAAUUUUCAUCUGCUAUCGUUAGCAUAAAUCAGACAUUCCCAAACGAGAAGACCAAUUCCCUCCUGGGACAGCUGCAGGUGGAAGUUGAGAAUUUUGUCCUGAGAAUGGCAGCGGAAUUUUCUUCCAGAAAGGAGCAACUCAUUUUCCUGAUUAACAACUAUGACAUGAUGCUCAGUGUACUGAUGGAACGAGCAUCAUCAGACAGUAAGGAGGUGGAGAGCUUCCAGCAGUUACUCACCGCGCGGACUCAGGAAUUUAUAGAGGAGAUCCUGGCUCCAUCAUUUGGUGGGAUGAUUGCUUUUGUGAAAGAGUCAGAAUCUCUGAUUGAGAAGGGCCAGCAGGAUCGUCUGAAGAGCGAGGAAGCACGGGUGGCUCAGCUGGUGCGAGGAUUCUCCGCCACAUGGAAACAGGCUGUGGAGAUGCUGAGUCAAGAUGUCAUGAGAUCAUUUACAAACUUUAAAAAUGGAACCAGCAUCAUACAGGGGGCACUGACACAGCUAAUCCAAUACUACCACCGAUUCCACAAGAUCCUCUCCCAGCCCCCUCUCAGGAAUCUCCCGGUUUGUUCAGAGUUAAUUAACCUUCAUCACUUAAUGGUUGAGCUGAAGAAACACAAACCCAACUUCUGA